AACACAUGUACUGAGGCCAAGGUCUCUUACCGAGCAGGAGGAAUGGCUCCAACAGUCUCAGUGUCCGUCGUGGUUUUAAAAGAGCUGGAGACCAGAGCUUUCUGUGCAGAGCGUGGACUGUUUCUGACUCAGGCUGAGCAGUGAAGCAGUGAGUGAACAGUGAUUCCAGCAUAAAACUCUGAGGAGAGGAAGGAUGUCCGACAUGGAACCCGCCAGAACCGGCAGUGUGCAGUAUGAUCGCUGGAACGAGGACAACGUCAACAUGAAUGUGGAGGCAUCACAGUCCACUGGGAUGAGGAUCUACAACAGAGUGUGUGUCGGCAGCACUGGAGUAGCAGUGAAGACAGCAGGAGCUCUGGCUGCACUGGUGUUCAUCUACAUCAUAGGAUACGCGACAGGGUACUACGUCCAUAGGUGCUGAUGGUGGAGCCCAGCAAGGAGAGAAAAGCACUCGCACAUUGUAGAUUAAACCACAAAUUUAAGAAGACCACGAUGACGAUAAGGCAUCUUUAUUCAAAAAAGCAAUCAAUCCAAGUGUGUUCAAAAGUCAGUGAUCAUUUCAGUCUUAUUGUUAAUACACAAACUCAAGUCACACAGAACUCUGCAAGUAAAUCUUCAUCAGUUUAGUCUAGUUUUUGUCAUUCAUUAUCCUCAUGUCAUUUUUUAAAUACAGUUAAAGUAAUGUAAACAUUAUUUUUGUAAUAAUGUCUAAUCUGAAAAAUAUGUUUAUUAAUUAAGCUGCAGUGCUGCAACCAUGAAUCCACGAACUGUCAAAUCAAAAUCAAAUUGUGUCUUUCUGGUUUUGUGUCAUAAUUGAAUUGCAUUCAGGGGAUAUGUUGUAUUAUCUGGUUCACAAAGAGUCAGUGCAGUGACAGCAACAGUGAUGGCGGAGGAGAAUCUGAUUUGGCUGUACGACCUCUGAUUUGCUUCUUCCCAUUAUGUAACUAUUACAUGAAACUCUUUAUUUGAUUUUAUUCCCCUCCAAAUGAUAUCCCUCUGAGAAGCCUCUUCAUCCACUGAUAACUGGUGGAAGGAUGUAGCUGCUGGCCAAAGACAUAGAUUACCCUGGUUUAGGGGCUUGGAGUAAUUCCCUAGUUAUUUAUUAACUUCUUCAGUUGUCUGAGGCUCUGAAUCCAGGUCAUUAAAAGUUCAUCAAUCUACUUUUCCAAACUCUCUUUUUCUUUCGUCAGACAAAUCCUCUGCUGCUCAGAGAGUGAUGCCAACACGUCUGAUUGAUGAAACUGAUUUGUUCUGCAAUGAAAGCUCACUUUUGGAUUUCAAAUAAAUCUACUACUUUUCUUUGAUGCAUUUUAUUUUUCCACAGCAGAGUCUGAUCUAUAUUUGCCACUAAGGGUGUCCACUGACAUUGUGGACAAAUGGAGUUGGAUCUUCAGAGUUUGUUCUUUACCUUAUGGCCUUAAUCUGAGUCUUUAUAAAAUGUAUUACAAAGACAAUUUUAAAGGAUAAUUAAAAUGUUCUAUGUAAUGGACCUUGGA